ACUGAAAACAUAAUAUAACAAUAGCCUCCGGCUCCGGGAGCUCAGUCCAGUUAUCGAGCGGCGCUCGCUAACUGAAUUGUCGUCAAAGCCCAGUUAUCGAGCGGAAGCUGUAAAGUGGUUUUGGAUAUAAGUACUGAGCAAUUUGGUUGAUAAAUGCGUGAAGUGCUAAACGAGCUCCACUGAUUCAAAGAUUUUCAGAAUUCUUCUCUCAAUUUUCUCAAUGUUUGCCGAGGUGUUCCAGUUUUUCUCAGGAUUUCUUCUGAAGUUCCUCUCGAGAUUUUUUGCAUGAUGUGAACGGAAUUAGAAACCGAAGAAGAGUGAUUGAAAUUAGAGGAUGUCACGUUACUAACAUAAUGUAAUCGUAAAGUUUACUUUUUUAUUAACUUUUUUUAUCGAUGAAAAAUUUCCCUGAGUAUUUCAGAUACUUUGUGAAUAUUCCAGGUUUUGCUGUUAAUUAAAAUUCCCUGAGAUUCCCGGUUUUCCAGAUUACUGAUGGCAGACAUCCUGGAAAGGUAGCACGAUGAUCCAACUCUCUUGGUCGCCUCCUCCUAAUUUAUCAGUUUCCCAAAAAUCUAGAAAUUUGCAAAACAGUUGCGUAGUAACUUUUAAUCCAAAGGAGAGAUUAAUCUUGCAAUUUGUUAAAAUCAAAAACACAGGUAUCUUCUAGCACCUCAACUCACAAAUCGUCCCACCAGCUGGCAACAUGAUUCGGCAGGGGGGUGGACUGCCCAUAACUGCAUAUUUGUAACAUUUGCAGUUUUUGUCAAUAUUGAGUUAAUACUGGGGGUCAUCUCCAAAUCAUCAUUACUUUCAUUCGCCCAAAGGAACUUGACAAGUUUGUUCUACGAAAUGUGAAAAAAAUACCAAGUCGUUUUGUCUCAUUAUCAAAUAUUCACGAAUGUAACCGCAUAACAGUCACACUGGGAAUACACACUGCUCUCAUAGCGUACCGUCAAUCAUAUUUUGGUCUAACUAUUUUUUCAAUUAUUCGCCCAGCAUAGAAGAAGAGCUGUAGAAGAUUUGAUUUCAUAAAGAUUCAUUAUGAAUUUUUGGCAAAUUUUUGAAAUUUUGAUCCUUUUCCAUACUAACGCAAAUUGCAAACUUUGGACUCCAUUUUCUCCCAUGCCUACUUUUGUCGAAUGUGACUGUUAUGCAGUUAUGGGCAGUGGAGGUCUAUUCGAGAGUUCGAAGGUACGCUGCUGCCACCUGGAAAAAGUUUACUGUAUGCGUGAAGGACCGAUUUUUUAGCAUGGGGAAGCAUAGGAAGUCAGUUUUCAAAUGCUUCUAAAAAAAUCAAAACAAUAUUUAAUUAAAAGCUGGUUGGUGUACGUGAUGAGAAAUUCAAUUAGCAAACUUUUUGGCAUAUCAUUUUGAUUAAAAAGUUUUUUCCCAGAUUAAGUACUGAUUGCAUAGAAAACGAAGAUUCUUAACCCGUACAUCAAUCCAUUUUAAAUUAAAUAAUGUUUUGAAUUUUUUAGAAGCAUUUGAAAAUUGACUUCCUAUGCUUCCCCAUGUUAAAAAAUCGGCGCUUCACGCACAUGAUCAACUGUGGUAAUUUGCUUCGUAGUCCCCAAUUGAACGCGAACUUAAACCGAACAGCGUGUGCUACUGCGUGCCAACCACCACGACGCUUCUUCUUUCGCCUUCACGGGUAGGAAAUCGGGGGACUGACCUGCGACGGCGGCGGAGGAUUCGACAAGCGAGAAAGCCGCGUACCGUCGUCCGUCCGUUCGUCUAUCGAUACAGCGCAAAGCAUGAGAAACACGGCCGACCGACGACGAGCAUCAGCAGAGCACAAGAGCGCCAAUUAUGCCGGGAAUGACCUUGAAUGUGUUGGUGGUGGAGCGCGGACCGAUAGGUACGUACUCCCGGAUGGACCUGGAAGCAAUUUUUUAUAGCAUUUCCGCUUGGUUUGCCGGAUUGCAGCCGGAAUCGGUAACCGCGUUGCACACCACGACUCGGCAGCAGCCAAGAAAUCGAUUUGCCCGACCACUUUCUGGUAAAUUCGAUAGAAAAAUUUCGCGUGAGCUUAUUCCAGUGCAUAAAAUGCUUCCCACAAUCGGAUUUUUUCACAACUUGUCAAAUUGUUCUCCCAAAGCAUUUUGCAGCACCUCCAUUCUCCCGGCUUUCCGCGGUUCUCUUACCUUUGGUUCUACUGGCGUUCUAAUCCCGUUUGUGCACUUUGGCGAUUCGGCACCGGAUUUUCCGCGAGUCGCCGGGUCAAAAUCCAAAAUUUCACUCAAUUUCACACUUUUCACUGCCGAUUUAACGCCACUUCCGGGACACCGCUUGCUUUGGUCGCACAAAUUACUGGAUUUUCACCGUGAAAAUCGUUUAUCUACCGACGCGCGGAUUGCUAGGACUGCUUCGUUCAAAAACUCGGGCACUUUUGAUCUCUUCCUCUUUUCGCUGUGUGUUUGCGGCGGGCAUCAGCGUUUGAUGGAUGGGGCCGUUUCUACCAGGCGGUUUCUAGCGGCCGAAUGUCGCGUGCAAAACAGCGGUAUCGGACGCAAGGCCGAAUUUGCAGUACGGGGGUUUCGAAGCCGAAAUCGAUUUUCGACAAUAAAAUGUUGCGCGACACUGCGGCGUCGGACGCAACAGGUUUCACAGUGGGAAAAGCAAAAGGAAACCGAACUCAAAAUCAAACGGAUUCAACUCAACAUUAACCUUCCAGGACGCGCGCCAUCAAGCAACCGAAACUGCACCGCGCUCGCGCUGUAUACGAAAAGCGAGGUUUUUUGGUAGUGUUGUACUUUUUACAACAGCGCGCGCGCUGAAGGGUUAAAAAGGAUC